UGAACCUGCCGGUGAAGGUCCCACAUCCAGGACUGAGGCUCUGGGAGAUGCUGAGGGUGUGUCUGCAGGGAGGACUUCUCAAGCUCCAGGGCUGGAUGCUUGGCCCCAACCCAGCUCCCAUGGCAGGGGGAAGAUCCAAGACACAAGAGACAAGAUAUCCCUGGAACCACCCACACAGAUGAAGCAAGAGCUGAAGAAAAUGUGGCAGGGAGGACAAGAGAUAGACAUAGAGCUUCAGUGGAAGGUGGCAUUUCCUGAAGGAAGCACUCCAUCUUUGGUGCCAGCCCCAGCUGCAGGAAAGAAGGCAAUGCCAGACACGGGCACAGGCACAGCAGACUGGGAUGCUGGGACGGUUCCUCCAUUAGCAUGGCCCUCUGAAGUUGUGAAGCCCUCUGAGCAUUCUGCAGCCAUGUCUGAAGGGACAACUCCACCAACUCCUACCUUGGAUGCUGCACAAAAGCCCAGCUCCCAUCACAGGGGUCCUACGACAGGAGAGACCAAAGACAUGGCAGGCAAGAAAUUCCAGGACCCAUUAGAAAUCAUGUGGCAAAUGCUGAAGGAACGUCUGCAAAGAAGGCAAGAAAUGAAAGGAGAGCCUGUGCAGAUGGAAGCAUUUCCCAGAGGAAGUAGUGGUUCCGUGCCAGCCUCUGCUGCAGGAAGGGAGGCCAUGCCAGGCACAGACACAGGAGAUGAGUUUGCUGGGAAGGCUUCUCCAUCAGCUUGGAUGAAUAAAGUUUUGAAGCCCUUGGAGCCUCCUGCAGAUGUGUCUACAGGGAGGACUUCUCCAGCUUCUCCAGCUCCUACCUUGGAUGCUAUACGCAAGCCCAGCUCCCAUCACAGGGGUACUCCAACAGGGAAAGUCCAAGAUACAACAGAUAAGAUGUCCCUGCAAACUUCCAAACAGAUUAGGCAAGAGCUGAAGGAACCCCUGCAGACAAGAGAAGAGAUGGACAUAGUGCUUCAGUGGAAGUUGGCAUUUCUUGAAGGAAGCACUCUAUCUUCGGUGCCAGCCCCUGCUGCAGGAAAGAAGGCAAUGCCAGACACGGGCACAGGCACAGCAGACUGGGAGGCUGGGAAGGAUUCUCCAUUAGCCUGGCGCUCUGAAGUUGUGCAGCCCUCCGAGCAUUCUGCAGAUGUGUCUGCAGGGACGACUUCACCAACUCCUACCUUGGAUGCUGCACAAAAGCCCACCUCCCAUCACAGGAGUCCUACGACAGGAGAGACCAAAGACAUGGCAGGCAAGAAAUUCCAGGACCCAUUAGAAAUCAUGUGGCAAAUGCUGAAGGAAUGUCUGCAGAGAAGACAAGAAAUGAAAGGAGAGCCUGUGCAGAAGGAAGCAUUUCCCGCAGGAAGCAGUGGUUCCGUGCCAGCCUCUGCUGCAGGAAGGGAGGCCAUGCCAGGCACAGACACAGGAGACGGGAAUCGUGACAUGGGUUUUCAGGAAGUCCUGAUGAAGGAUGGUUUGAAGUUCCUGGAGAAUGCUGGAGCUGAACCUGCCGGUGAAGGUCCCACAUCCAGGACUGAGGCUCUGGGAGAUGCUGAGGGUGUGUCUGCAGGGAGGACUUCUCAAGCUCCAGGGUUGGAUGCUUGGCCCCAACCCAGCUCCCAUGGCAGGGGUCCUCCAAAAGGAAAGACCCAAGUUUUUGCAGCCAAAAAGUCUCAUGACUCAGAUGAAUUCCUGAGACAAACACAGAAGGAAGCACCUGGAGGACAAGUGAUGGACCAAAAGGCUGUUCAGGAGGAGGAACACUCAGGGAGAAGCAGUGGCUCAUUGGCAGCCCCUGCUGCGGGAAGGAAGGCGAUGCCAGACACGGGCACAGGCACAGCAGAUGCAGCUGGCACCACAAGACCUGUUACCGAUGCCCAGGAUGGCCUCGGAAGGGGUUUCUGUCAGGGAACAGGUUGCUGGCUAGGGUUACAGGCAGGCGUCCUUUGUUUGGAGCUUGUCUUCCUGUUGUGCUGCUUUGGAAUCGGGUAUUCCUGGAAGAGAAAACAGAGCACCUCGGGACAGGAGUUGGAUGACAGUGGCUGCACCUCACACCCAGACAGCGUGAGCAGCUCCUCCAGCAGCUCCUCCAGCGAGAGCAGCUCCUCCAGCAGCUCCUCCAGCAGCAGUUACAGCCUGGACUGCCCUCUCAAGUGUUCUGUGAAGAGGACCCCAGAACAACCGUCGAUAAGGAAGCCUCUUAUUGCCCCGUAGAUCCCACUGCCACCUGCUCUCCCCAUGGGCCUCCCCAAGCUGCCUUCAUCCCUUUUUUUAUCUCAGUCUCUCCCAUCCCAGCCAAUCCAUGUUACUCUAAAGACCCCAGGACCAGCCCAGCACCCUCCAGCCCCUCCUGGGACCAACACAUCCCUUUCUCUGCCCAUGAGCCCCCUGGCCUUGCCCUCUAGUCAACACUGAAGGUGACACCCCACC